AUGCUGCCCUGGAGGAGAAGCAAGUUUGUGCUGGUCAAGAAGGACAAGAAGAAGAAGGGGGUCAGUUACUCUUCCCUGCUGUCCUCCUUCCUCCAUUCCUGCCCUGACCUCCUGCCCCCCUUGCCCCUGGAGCGCCUGGGCAACGUCUUCAGCAGCAGAAGGCAGAAGGUAGUGCUGAAUCAGGAGGACCCUUCUUACACAGUGUGGUACCUGGGAAAUGCCAUUACCCUCCAUGCCAAGGGAGAUGGCUGCACGGUGGAAGCUGUCAACAAGAUCUGGCAGAAGAGCGAGUCUGGGGGCUGUAGCACCAAGAUGAAACUCUCUGUGGGGUCCUAUGGCAUUAGGAUGACCCCCUCCAAAAGGGACUCAAGGAAGACGGUCCAUGCCUACCUCCUGCACCGUAUCACCUACUGCGUGGCUGACACCGGUCACCCCAAGGUCUUCUCUUGGGUCUACAGGCACCAGAUUAAGAACAAGGCGGUGGUGCUGAGAUGUCACGCUGUUUUGGUCUCCAAGGCUAAGAAGGCAAAAGCCAUGGAGCGCACCCUGUGCCAGACCACCACGGUCGCCUUCAAUGAGUUCAAGAGGUUAAAGAGGCAAAGUGACUUUAGGAGAGAGCAGAAGGAGCUUUUAGGGGAGUCUGCUGUCCCCGAGAUCCCGCUGAGGAAGAUCCUAAAUGGCACCUGCUCUUACAACCCACCUGCAGAGAGGAGCAAAACAGUGCUCAGGCUUAGCUCUAUCUUGGAGGAAGAGGAGGAGAGUGGUGAGGAAGACUGGCAGGAUCCUCAGAGGUUAAUGCCCCAUACCCUGCAGCAUCCACACUGUGACAGGGACACCAUUCUGGAACUUGCACAGAACCUCAGGAGACUGAGCAUCCAAAGAGCCUUGGCCCAAAAACUGCUUUACACCCCAGGCACGCAGAUGUCAGACUGGAAGCGCCCCAUGAGGACUAUCUGCUGA